AUGGUAACCCCUUUGUGGAUUAACAAUGUAGAUGUAGGGUGCAAUCACCAGAACAGAGUUUUGAGCAUUUGUUUUAGUCCUGUAUCCGUUAACUACAUAAGCAAAGUUAGGUCUGAGUUCCCACAGGGGUUGCCCUAUGUAGGAUUCAGACCUGGCCGCCGACGAAAUUAGGAUUUAGAACAUUUAAAGAGUUUGAGUGCAAAAAUGAUUGGAAUCUUGUCAAUCAUUGUAUUCAUGUGUGUAUCUUGCCAUGCGCACUAGCAGUGUGACAAGUUAGUGUGUGACAACCGUAGUCAGUAGCAACAUGUAAACAUUACGUAAGUCACGGUAGCCCAAGGGUAACCGACUGGCACACCCACAUAGGAAGGUCGUCCCUCGGACACCCAUUGGUUAAACCCUUAUCCAAACAGUGCUAAAAGCCCUUUGGGAUGUCAGUGUCAGUUAUCCUAAAGGACAUGCCGUCUUAGUAGCAUGUAAAUAUGGGUGCGUACCGAAGCCCCAAAACACUAACUCUUUUAGACUCUUAAGAACUUGAAGAGACUCACAUGUGAAAAUACUUGUAGACACCAGAUCUUGUAAAGACUUUGUAACAGCGAACAAGUAAAAACCGGUACCUCCCCCAGCAAAGCGGGUCAUAGUCGUUUUCUCACAAGUGGUCAGAGAGAGUCAUAGCCGCUUGUUACAUGUGGUUAGAGAACCCAAAAGUAUAGCUGUUACAGUAUUUUCCAAGAGCAUAGCAUCCUAUCAAAUCCUUUCAUGCGUUACCUUAUUUGAAUGAUAAUUCGACCUCAUUAUUUUUGUGAAAAUUAUUUCAACUAGGUUUGUCCGAGCAUGGUUAUUAAACACAGACCAGUUUGGCGACUUCUCUUUGGAAAAGGAAAAGUUCAGUAUGCCUUACUAACGGCGAUUUUGGUGGUACUCUUGUUUUUUGUCGAGCUUCAUCUAAAGGCAAGCAGCACCUUUAAGCCUUUGCUGUUUACAUCUACAAGCGGGACGACACCAGAACGAAAAGAACGCCAAUAUAGACCAAGAGGAUCUGCUACCAUACCAAAGCAUGUGCCUCCAGUGGACAACACGGGCUUUUCAAUCUUCCAACCAAGAGUGGUCACCCUCCUUGAAGGCGAGCGUACUAUUGGCCACUUCACAAGGUUCAACAGAACACUGUGCUUCUCUCUCGGGACUCAUGCCGUUUAUUCAGGGAGGUGCGAUUGCAAGCCAGGGUGGUACGGUUCGGCGUGUAGCAUCCCUGAUUGUGUUAAGUACUCAGGCGAGAACUUCCCGCCGCAACUAUUGCGAGUGCGGAAAGAAGCGCGUCGGAUCAUCUACUCUGCGCCUUUCAAUAUCGAGUUUGAGAUGCUAGAGAUCAUCAUGAAUGAGUUGCACGACAUUGUGGACGUCUUUAUCCUGGUAGAGUCGCAUUUUUCGGCGUUUGGAACAAUCAAACCCGUACGAUUACUACCGAGGCUGCAUCGAAACUACCUGCGAAGAUUCCAUAAGAAAAUAAUUUACUUGUAUAUGGAUCAUUUCCCUACGGGAGCUCGCAAGAACGGCUGGAUCGCAGAUUCGUAUAUUAGAUCGUUCACCGGCGUCAAAGGCCUUCCACAGAUUCGUAACGUCAAGCCGGAUGAUUUGUUUUUGGUAUUUGAUCUAGAUGAGAUCCCCUCUAGAGAAGCGUUAACUUUUCUCCGAAUUCACGAUGGGUAUCCGGAGCCGUUCGGCUUCCGUCUUCGCUGGUCCGUGUUUGGUUUUUACUGGAAGAACUCUCGCGCUACGCAGAUAACUGCAGGUUGUUCUGUAGGUAUGCUAACCCAGGUACAUGGUAACAUGAGCAAUCGCGUGAGGGACAUUGAAAAUGGGGUAAACCGAAAUUUGAGUCCCGAAUUUCGCGCGUAUUCCCAGCAACAUAGUGUGCGUGCUUGGUUUCUAGGGGACGUGGAUCAUUUCGCCGGUUGGCACUGCUCAAGCUGUAUGGACGUACAUGGGAUAUGGGUGAAGUACACUUCAGCUCAGAACGGGGACUUUCCUCGGUGGGGAAGUUACCAUGAUAAAAUGGACAUAAAAAACUUACGGAACAUGGUUCGCAACGGAAAGUGGUUUGACGGAAAUGCAAUAGGUGAUGGUGCAAUGGCUACUAGGGAUAAUGAUAACUUUUUUGCACCAAAAUAUAUGUUGGAUCAUUUUGAAAAGUAUGAAUAUUUGCUCUCAAGGGAGCAUUUACACGCCCAUGAGCAAACACAAAAUACCAUUGAACAUUACCAUGCACAAGAGUAAGAAAAAUAUUUCAGUUAAAUACGAAUACAACGAGAACUAUCACUGUCCAUUGAUUCGUCCAAAGAAGAACUUAUGUUCAUGAAGCCUUUUCAAAAAAAAAAAAAAAAAAAAAAAAAGAAUAUAUUUUUGUAUCACAUUUAGUUUACGCGGGGUUAUCCGAUAGCAUGUGUGCACAAGUGCAAUUGGGAUUUCCUGGUUGUGGAUUUUAUACCGCCGGACAGUUCUAAGUAAUAAUAAACGUCAUUCAAAAUGCG